AUGGUCUCUGGACAAGAAGACAGACAAGCUUCAGUGUCUAAACGAGCCCCAUGGGACGUGAUCGUUUCGAGGCCUUCCCGAGGCAUCGACCUCCUCGUCGACGUGGUGGCCAUUCUCAAUGACACUACAGCUACUAUGGUAGCCUGUGCUUUCAAGGAGGAAGCUUGUCAAGUGGGUAUAAUCGUUGGGACUGGCACGAAUGCUUUUUACAUGGAGAAGCUCUCGAAAUGCUCGAAGCUUGAGGGCGACCCAGAGAUCGAUUUGAAUCGGAUCAAGUUUCUAAAAAUGUCAUCCGGAAUGUAUUUGGGUGAUUUGGUCAGGCUGAUCCUCGUUCGAUUGGCCAGAGAGAACCUUCUAUUCGAUGGGAAAACGGAUGGAAUCUCGGAGAAGGGGGUCUUCCUGACGGAGUACAUAUCGGAGAUCGAGAGAGAAUUUCUCGAAGACGACGACCAAAUCUUCUCGAAAACCUUUCAAAUCCUCAAAUCGAUGGGCAUCGACGAAGUGACAAAACUCGACUGUGUUUGUACGCUUGUCUCAACAAGAGCAGCCCACCUCAUAGCUGCGGCCACAGCAGCACUCUUGAAUCGAAUGGGCCGCCAAUUUGUGUCGAUUGAAAUCGACGGAAGUGUUUACAGGUUUCAUUCAACAUUCUCUCGACUAUACGACAAAAAGCUCUCUGAGCUGAUCGAUAUGCACUUGAAGUACCAACUCGUGCUCUCAAUCGACGGAUCUGGU